AUGUGUUCCAAAAUGAAAGCAUGCCUGGUGAUCAAGGAUGGAUGUUUAUUCAGGAAUUGGCCCGUGGAAUACCGUUGGGAUGAGUCCAAGGGUAGCAAAAGCAGCAGUGUUGGUGUUGGGAAUGGUAGCAGCACCACCAUCAGCAAAGCUCCGAGUUUGCCCACGGCUAGCAAGCACGGAGGGCCAAGACUAUCUCAAACCAGCGUCCUGCACAGCAUGAAGCAAUCCUCCAGCAAGCUGGCCAGGUACGCCAUCGCUCACUCUCUUGGCCGCUGGUUGCUCUACCCCGGCUCCGUUUGCCUCUUGAACAAAAUCCCGCUGUCUUUGCUGGUGAGCGGCCGGACCCGCCUCAUGGAGGAUUUUCAAGGAAAACGAGCCAAACUCGUUGCCCGGGACGGAAACAAAAUCGAUACCAUGUUUGUAGACAGGAGGCGGAGGAAAGAUCCUUUGCAGCGGGGAAUGCAGUUGGUGAUUUGCUGCGAAGGGAACGGCAGCUUUUACGAAGUCGGCUGCCUUUUUACCCCAUUGAAAGCUGGGUAUUCUGUCCUGGGGUGGAAUCACCCGGGGUUUGCAAGGAGCACGGGGAAACCCUACCCGAAGAACGACAUCAACGCCAUGGAGGUUGUGCUCCAAUACGCCAUACAUCGCCUUAACUUUAGCCUACCGGACAUUGCAAUCUACGGCUACUCUUUAGGCAGCUACACAGCCACGUGGGCGGCCAUGAGCUAUCCAGAGCUGGGCGCGUUGAUCCUGGAUGCCUCCUUUGACGGACUGCUCCCCUUGGCGAUGAAACUGAUUGACAAGAGGUGGAGGAAGCUGGUGAUGAAGACGGUCAUGGAGCAUUUCAACCUCAACGUGGUCGAACAGCUGUGCAAAUAUCCAGGGCCCGUUCUGCUGAUCCGGAGGACCCUUGAUGAAAUCACCAGCACCCAGUUCAGCAAGGAAAACAACAUUCCCAUCGCCAAGACCAACCGAGCCAACCAGCUGCUGCUGCAGCUCCUUAAAACCCGUUAUCCGGAGAUUAUCUCCGGGACAGAAGAAGUGGUGCAGCACUGGCUUUCCGCUGACAGCCAUGUGUUGGAAUCCAUCGUCUACAACUACUUGUACAAAGUAGAUGAAGACUGGUGCCUCGGGAAGCUACAAAGCUACAAAGCCAGUCUGGGACCAAAAGCUGAUUUCCCGUGGAUGAUUGGCAAAGGCCUCUCCGGCAGGCAGAAGCAGCAGUUGGCUCUGUUUCUUGCCCGGAAGCAUCUAAAGAACGUGAUGACCACACAUGGGAGAACUUUGCCACCCGAGCAUUUUCAGUUGCCCUGGAAGCUCUAG